AUGGCAUCACAGGACUACUGGUUUAGGAUAAGAGACUACUUCCAUGUGGGUGAGGUCAGUAACUUGAUCUGCCUGGUGGCCAUGAUCAUUGGAAUCACGCUGGUGGAGAUCUUCAAAAACGACCCUAGGGUACCACAGCACGCUAUGAACUUCCUGCAGGUGUUCCGAGCCAUGGGGCUGUUCAGUGUGUCAGGAGGGGUCACCAACUGGCUGGCCGUCAAGAUGCUGUUUGACAGAAUACCUGGGCUCAUCGGCAGUGGAGUCAUCACCUCACAGUUCAAGGAGAUCAGACAAACAGUGAAGAACGUUGUACUGGAGACCUUCUUUGAAACAGAGUACCUUGAAAAUUACAUGCAUCGGAAGAGUGGAGAAUUCCUAGCUGCUUUUCAAAUAGAGAGUAAAUUGCAGAGAUUACUGCAGUCAGAACGAGUCAUGCAGAUCAUAGACAACCAAGUCCAGAAGCUCUACAAAAAGCCAGAAGGAAUUUUCCGUCGCACAACUAGCACAGGAAUGAUGCUGGCCAUGAUGGGGGUUGAUGCUGGUAAACUCAGUAAAAUGAUCCAGCCCCUGAUGAAGGGCCUCAGCAGAGACAUGACUCCAGUGCUAGCCAAGAACCUAAAGACCUUUGAGUUCAUGAAUGCUGAGAGCAUGCGAGCACAGGUGGACGAGAUGAUGACAGUCAAGAUGGAGGAGUUCACCCCACCAAAGGUCAAAAAGCUUGUAGAGCAGAUGAUUCGGCAGCACCUUGGGUGGCUUGUCGUCUGGGGAAACAUCUUUGGAGCGUUCUUGGGAACCAUAGCAGAGGUUGUCGCCAUUUUCACAUAGCUGGCAGCAUCCUGGUGUUGUAACAGAGUAGAAACUGGAGUGAGGACAGCAACCAAUGACAGGAAACAGCACAGCAAUGACCUCCUGAGCAUCUACAGCAACAACCUCUGGAGCAGACAGCAAUGAUCCCUGGAGCAUUGACAGCAAUGAAACAUGGUUCAUUGACAGCAUUGACACACAGGGACAACAAUGACCUCUGAGUUAUUAACAGCAAUGACUUCAGGUUCAUUGACCCCUGAACAUUGUUUGCAUCUGAGAAGAUCUCAGGCAGCAGCAUUGUACAAACAUGAGAUAAGAUAGUAUUGAAGGGGAUCCUUAAAAAAAUGAGAUAAAGCAUGGCAUAUUUUACAGACAAGUUACAUGUAGCAUAGUGCUGUGAGUUAUCAAUCUUCUGCACAUUGUCAAGUGUUACAUGUAGGGAAAACUAUCUAAGAAAUUGGCUUGAUUACAUGAUAGAGUGCUGUUAGAUUAUUACUCAAAUUACUGCAGUUUUUGAAGGCGAAAUGUGGCACAAAUGAAGUACAUUGUACUUUCUUCUUCAGUAAAUACCUCAAACGUCUUUAACCAUAUAGAUUAGGGUUCUGAUCCAACCUUAAUUGUUAUUUUAACUGCUGUUAUAACAUUGUUAAUAGAUCUUAAUACCAAACAUUUGAAACAUACCAAACACUGAAAGAGGAAUUCAAAAUCACCUCCUUCUUGAAACUUAAGUAGAAAUUGAUGUAUAUUAAUCUACUAAGAAAGAGUCAUUCAAGAAUGGAUUUUAGAGAAUGUUAGACUCACAUUGCUGCUUUACCUAUUGACAUGAAAUACAAGUAGAACUUCUAUGUAUCAGGAUAUUGGAAUUCUGUAGCAGGGAACAUAUGUAUAUACUGUAAGAAUAGGAAUAUCUAACAGAGUUUAUUUUACCUGUAAAUACGUCACUAGAACAGAGAGGUAGUAGGUACUUUUAAAGUAGUGGUCUUAGCUGUCGUUGUCAGUGUUAGAUAUGUUGUAUUCAACACUUUCUGUAAUCGUCAAUGGAUCAUUUUUGUUAACAGUAAGCCUUUCUCCCUCUCCCAUAAUCCAGUAAGAGACAGCCUAGCUGUCCAGCUGUACGGUACAGAUUUGUACUUUAAACACACAUUACUGGUAUGGCCUGCCUGGUGAGAAAAGAUUUGACCAUGUUACAAUACAUUAGUCUGAGGACAAAUGUCCUUAUGACUGCCAAAUGCAACAUGGUGGAAGGUUAGUGAAAGUGAUCCAUCUUUAGAUAUUUUUAACACAUUAAGUUGACUGUUGUUAAACUUGCACCAUUAACGAAGUUGACUCAUUGUUUAACCAGCCAUUAGCAUGCAACUUGCAACUCUAAAACUUGUACCAUGUCACAAUCAGAUACACCAUGCAAAAGGGUCUGACCCAAUAUUGAAGCACAAAUGGGUGAGUAGUACAGUCUCUUGGCUCCCGUGAUUCUAACCAGCACAGAACAAGGGUUGCCAACCCACAAACCCAAUGCACUAACCACAAGGCUAAAAGGUCCAGACCUGUUGGACUGGUCCAAAAUAUCUUUAUGAAUAAAAAUACUAACCCAUGCUUGACUACCGCAGUGAUAGAUGUGUAAAUUUGUUGUUGCCAACCUUACACUGUGUCCUAAAACUGGUGUUGCAACACAGCCCUGUUACUACUGAUGUAGACAAGGUGUACGUAUAGGUAUUAAAGACACUGUCAGCAGUUUUCACUUCAUAACAAGCCAAGUUUUAGAACUGUUGAGCCAGUAUACAAUAUAGUUUGAGGAUAUUGUGAGAUGCAGCAUUGCUCUACGUAUUGUGCGUCAUAAUUUUG